UUCCCGAUGCACUUCCGUAGUAACCGGAUGUUGCUAAGCAGCAUUGAAGCGCUUGUUAAGUACAAACUCAAACCCAGCAAAAAUGUGAACCUACCACGUUUUGCAAGUUGCUGCUGGAAGCGUUCAGGGGAAGCUAGAUGUCUCUGUUGUCCUUAUAUGCUCUGUUGAUAUCUAGUGAAGCUCCGGCCGAGGUGUUCUUGCUGUGCCUUACCAAAUCGUGAACCAUGAUGGAGCGAAGAAGAGCCUUAACUAUUCCAUUUACUGUUGACAAGGACAACUUGAUGGAAAGCCCAUUCAGAAUCCCCAUGACAUGUUUUUCAUCACAGUGUGGGAAGUUUGAAAGACAGCAGGUUUCCUGGACGGAAAUUGCUUGCAAACGGAGACAUCGUGAUUCACAGCACAAAAAUGGAUCUGUGCUGUGUGAUCACAACCAUGCAGCCAUGGUCACAUUGGAAAUGGCCAGGAGAAAGCCCCGUCUGAUCCUGACAGAUAUCCUAAAGACAGAAAAGGGAAAGGCUUAUAUGGAAAGGAUAAAACAGAAUUGUACCUUGGGAAAUCAACAAGUGUCAAGUACGCGGAGGAAGACUGGUCGGGGCAGAGAAGAACCCCUGAUUUGCCGAGACAAAAGGUCCAGUCAGAGGGAGACUAGGAAUGAUAAAAUCAACAAUGUAACCCCUAAACACAACCAGAAGACCACCUCAUCACCCUCUCAAAGAUCACGACUGAGGAGAAGGUUAAAUGUUGAUGACGAAGUGGACAAAGAAGAAAGAGAUAUUGAGGAGGUGAUAAUAGGCAAGGACCACGCAGAGGACUACAAAUUUGCUGAAGUUGUUGAUUGUGGCUUGUCAGUGAGCUGGGAGCCUGCUGAGGAUAGAAGAAGUUCUAAUGAGUUCUCCCCUGCUGCCAUAAAGGACAGGUGGACUGGUUCAGAAAAAGAAGUACAAAACAAUUUGAAGAGGAAAAGAAAGGAUGCAGGGGCCCAGUGUAAUGGAACAGGCAGCCCCAAACGCCACCGUGAGAGUGUACUUCGCCUCACUGGAGAAGACGGAAGAGAUGGAAGACCAGCCCUGACGGGUUUUUGUCUGGAAGAAAGUGGAGAAGACGGAGAUUUGGAGAGCCUCGAUCGUAGCAUUGUACAGUUCACUGUUGGAGCAGAUGAUCCAACAGAAGUUCUAGUCCCUAACAUCAGUCCUACUUUGGAGGCCAGAGACUUUAUUGUUACCCCCAGACAAAGUCAAUUGUCUAGCCAGGACAGCACAACCAAAAGAAGCCCCGCUGAACCCAUUGUGCUGUCCAGUGACGAUGAGGAGAGCUGUGACGUUCCUCAGCACUGCAGCCCAGCGCUCCAUACACUGGUCACUGUAGAAGAAGCAGUAAUACAGGCACAAUCCCCAAAAGCUGUGGCCAAACAGCAAGAAGCUUCUCACAUAGAGGACAUGCAGGUGUUGCAUGUAGUUGUAGAAGAUCCUCCUCUCAUCCCUAGUGUAGACUACUGUGUGAGCGUGGCCUUCUCCGCUUUGCACUGUGGAGGUUUCCAAGGGAAAUCGAAUGGAGACUUAAUGAUGGCAGCCAAAAAAAUCAUCAUCCCACUGAAAGACACGAGUGAACAGGUGAGAGUAAUCUUAUCCAUUGAGCGUAAAGAGCUGCGGAGGUACGGAGUUUGGGAGCUGCAGGACCUGGAGGCCCAGAAGCUUCACUUUAAGACUGACCAGGAGCCUUCCCCUCGCGCUAUCCUUCUGUUUUGUGUGUCAGAAAAGGCUGCAGCUGCUGUACAGCAGGACCUCCUGAAGCUGGGGGUCAAACAAGAUGGUCCCACGAACACUGGCAAGGUGAGCCCGUUCAUCCUGCUGACCCUGAAAGAACCUCUGGAGGGAAUGGAGGGGGCUUUAUUGCGCUCCUUGUUGGAUCUUGACUGUAUCCAAAGUCUUGAAAAUGAAAAAUCCAUUGUUUCUCAUGAUGCAGACAGAGUUAGUGGUUUGGACCUCAUCCACACUCCUAUUCUUUCUGUGGGACAGUGCAUUGAGCUGAUUAGAAAAAGUGGACGGGACUCUCACCUGCUGUUCCUGUUUGGCCUGGAGAGCACUGAACCUAGACUUAACACAGACCAGGAUGGUCCACAUUCUGAUACAGACAAAAACACCACACAGAAAGAGACAAUACUGGAGCCGGAGACAGCGACAGAACGAGACACAGGGACACCACUCAAACCAGAGGAGCUUGAGCAUCCCUCUGAGAAGAAAAAGGAGGAACCCGCUCCUGUACACACAGUGUGCCAUCGUAGAACCAAAGGAUCCUACUCUGUGUCACUGUGUAAACCAGACUCCAGCUGGAUUAAAUAUAAACAUCAGGGCCUAGCCCACAGGUUGAUCCAGUUUCCUCCUCCACCAUUGAAAGGAGGAAUAACUGUUACAAUGGAGGACCUGCAGUGCCUUGACAGUGGGCAGUUCCUCAAUGAUGUUAUCAUUGACUUUUACCUCAAAUACCUCCUCCAUAAGGCCUCUGCUGCUGUGGCCGAGCGCUCACACAUCUUUAGCAGCUUCUUCUACAAGCAGCUGACACGGAGGGACAAUGCCAGUGAAGGUGGCACCAGUGACUCCUGUCAGAGGCAGAGGCGGCACCAACGUGUGAAGACAUGGACACGACAUGUAGAAAUCUUCAAAAAGGACUUCCUGUUUGUGCCUGUCAAUCAGGAGGCUCAUUGGUAUUUAGUUGUUAUUUGCUUUCCUGGACUGGAUGAGCCAAAAUCUGAGGACUGGAAUGGUCCGAACUCACAGACUGGGGAGUUACAGGAUCAAGUGGUGGCUAAAAGCCAAAAUGAUAACAAUGAGACACCACCUACAGUAAAUCACAGUGACAAUGUGGACACAGAGACUGGAAAUGGUCAAGAAGAACCCACUAAAGACCCAAAACCUGGUCCAGUGACCUGCACUGAGCAGACCUACCAGAAGAAAACAGUUUGCAAGAGGCCGUGUAUUCUCGUCAUGGAUUCCCUCAAACGUUCCCUUCAUGAGCGAGUCUUCAAACUCUUACGGGACUACUUAGAGUCAGAAUGGGAAGUCCGUCGUGGUUCGUCAAGGGACUUUAGUCCUGAUCAGAUGCAGAGCUCACACUGCCAAGUUCCCCUUCAGGACAACAGCAGUGACUGCGGCCUCUACCUGCUGCAGUAUGUCGAGAGUUUUUUAAAGGACCCUGUGGUGCACUUUGACCUCCCUCUACAACUAGAACGUUGGUUUCCACGGCAGCAGGUGCGGAGGAAACGAGACGAAAUCAGAGAUCUGGUACUAAACCUUUACCGACAUCAAAACCUGGAUAGUAACAGAUAGACAUGAGAAGCAGCUCUGCUGUUCAGUGCAUCACAUUCCUGUAGCCAAUAUAUUAUCACUGCUCAUACUGAGCAACGGACACUUCAGUUUGAACUGAAAAUAUUUCCCUUAAAUUAGAUGCUGUUAUUGUUUAAUGCAUUAUCUUGAACACAACAUGUAAACUUUUGACUAUCUGUGGGUCCUGUGAGUGAACAUGAAGGCAUCAGUUAAUUUAAAAUAAACAGGUAGUUCAUCCAACCAGAACGAGUUUUAAGGUAGAUUGUAUGUAGACAUGAUAAUGUUUGUACACCCCAUAACUUUUUUACUGAUUGUUUUUAUGCUGCAAGAUAUUUUAUUAAAAAAAAGAUUUUUUUAUGUAGAGUCACAAGUCAAACUAAGAAUUGUGUAGCAAUGGUUAAACCUAGUUUGUACAGCAAAUUGUGAGCAGUUUUAGUUGGGUUUACUUGCUUUUGUGAGACAUUUCAUGUCAGGUUUGCCUUUCUUUUUUUAGUCAUGGGGUUUGAAAGCUGCUCUGAUUCUGCAGUCUUUGCAUGAAUACCCAUUUACUGAAUGAACUGAAUUCCCCUGAUUUCCUGGCAUUGUAUGAAAUACAUUGCAGUUUCCUUUCUGAAUUUCAUUAUAAGAUAACAUGCCAUUGACGCCUCAGGAACUGUAAUCCCAACAUGAAGCAGCAAUUCCAUCUUUUGCCCUUUGUCGGAUACAUGGAACUAGAAAAAUGUUGUUGUUUCAGUCACUCAGUGCCUCACUCAGUUAUCCUGUUAGCCUCCCAGUGCCAGAUAGGAAACAUGACGCUGUCUAUAGAUGACAGUAAGCUGGGCCAGGGGUCAGCAACCUUUACUAUUAAGAGCCAUUUUCCAAAAACAAAGAAAAAUUUGUCUGGAGCCACAGAACAUAUUUGAGCCUUAUAAUGCUAAUUAUGCCAGCAGCGUUGGUGGUGAAAGCAAACAGAUCUGUCCAUGCACUAUUACAUUCUUUAUUUUCCUCAGAUUUGUUUUUUGUAUUUGGAAUCCAUAGUUAGCCUAGCUAGAGAGACUAGUAUCCGCCACUAUUGAGGUUCGGCAAAAUACGGAGGAAAAGGUCAGGAUGUAACAUACAACGCACGUUUUAGUUGCCGAAAUGUUGAAACAAUCUUUUUUAUUUGGUGUGUAAAUGCUAAACAUUUUUAUGAUUUGAGAAUGUAAGAAUUACUUUAGGUGUAUGACAAUGAUGAAUGAAAAUGUUAAAAGAUAAAAGUUAUUCGUGUCCAUAUGAUUAUUUGUCAUAGGAGCCACUGGAGAGGGGCUAAAGAGCUCCAUGUGACUCCACAGCCGCAGGUUGUCUACGCCUGAGCUAGGCUCGUCCACUCACCUCUUUUUAAGAAUUGAACUGUUGUAUGUUACCAUUUAUCUGUUACACCCUCUAUACUGCAAUCCAUCAUGGACCCUAAAAUCAUGCUGGGGCAAAGUAAUGGUCCCCGAUGUCAACUUCACCCACACAAAUGGGCAGAAUUAGGAAAAAUUGGGAUUUCAGACUAUCGACUUUAGUUUGCAUAUAUUCUAAAUACUGAUGUGGCAUGGAAGUUAUUUUGUAUCUUUGACAUUUUCAUUUAUUUAUCCAGACUUGCAAGAAGUUCAGGGGUGCACAUACAUUAGCAUGUGUAACAGUAUUAUGUCAAACACAAAGUCACUUAAUUCAGACCUAAGAGACAUUGCAGUCCAUCACUGCUGCUGCCUAAGUUCUUCUCAACAGAGAUCAGACUUGAUGGUCUAGUAGUUUUUUUCCCUUUUGUUCAGAUGUUUGCCUCCUUUAACACUUUGAAGUCCUCGAUGACAUGUUUUUUUAAGACAUUUGUGUUGGAUGAAUAUAUAGAAGCCAGUCCCAAAAUAUCUUUGGUUUCAAUUGUGUAUUAAAACUUGUAGACCAAA